UUAACAAACCCAUAUAUACAAAACCCACCACCUUUCCAUUCUAUACUUCACCAUGUAUUGCACAAAAUCAAUCCCUCUUCUUAUCUUACUUUUCUUUCUUAACCUUCACGUAGCCACAGCCGCAAAACCACUCUACAAUAUUUGUUUUAGCCAAGACAACUACACCAACAACGGCCCUUAUCGUAACAAUUUGGAUGUUUUACUAAGUUUCUUAGCCAUCAAAGCUCCUCCAACCGGAUUCGGGCUCGGAUGGUUUGGAGAAGCACAAAACUACGUAAGCGGACUCGCUCUAUGCCGGGGCGACGUCUCGAGCCCAGAUUGUAAAACUUGUAUCGACGAUGCUGGUAAAGAGCUUCUCCAACGCUGCCCGAAUAAAAAAGGAGCAAUAAUUUGGUACGAUUAUUGUUUGUUAAAAUACUCAAAUGUCAACUUCUUCGGUAAAAUCGACGACGACAACAAGUUCUACUUGUUGAAUGUGAACGAUGUGGAAGGUGAUCCAGAGGUGUUUUAUGAGAAAGUGAAGGAGUUAUUGAGUGGUUUGGCUAGUAAGGCUCAGGGUUCGCAGAAACUAUACGCGACCGGGGACCUUGAGCUGCAGAAAUUCAAGAAGUUGUAUGGGUUGGCUCAGUGUACAAGAGAUCUAUCGAGUGUUGAUUGUAAGAAAUGUCUAGAUGACGCAAUAAGAGAUCUUCCCGGGUGUUGUUUUGGAAAAAGAGGUGGGAGGACUGUGGGUGGGAGUUGCAAUGUUAGAUAUGAACUUUAUCCCAUUAUUGAUCCAUAGACUAUAUAUGUAUCAUGGCCUAAUUGGGGUUAAGCACUAAAAAUAUAGUGUCUCUAUUUUGUGUGUUAAUGAAAGAAUGGAAUGGCUAGUAGCCUAGUACUGUUGUUUUUUUGCCAA